AUGGGCAGAUCGGAGCCUCCAUUCCUUUACGAUCGACCUUCUACUUACAGCUUCAAUGGACCGACCGAUCCCGGGUUUAAUCCCAAGGCCGUGACGCAAGCAAGCCAGUCUCCUGCGUCUCCCAGACAAACGCAGGAUGGGCCGUUAGUCAAUUUUAACAGACAUCCCGACUCGUGGGAUAGUAUGGACAAAAAGCCACCUCAAACGCCCAUGAACCCCAAGGUCAAGAAAUGGAUCAAAGGUGCGAGAGGAACACAGCUAGGGCUACGGUCUAUCACUCUCCUCGGUGCACUUGCAUCACUGUUCUGCGCCAUUGUUAUAAAAAAUGCGAACACGACAGUCAUCUGGAUCAUGCGAGCCGGACCAAUUACCGCAGUUCUACACACACUCUACGGCAUCUAUCAUUUGUGUCGCUCUCCUGUCUCACGUCCAGCUGGAUCUCAGGCGAGUUAUGGAGUCUUCGCAGGCACCUUAGAUGGCGGAUUGAUUCCAUUCUACGUGUUCACAGCAUUCAUGGCUCAUGGUGACUACGCUACUAAUGCUUAUGACUGGGGCACUCUUUUCAAAAACAGUGAAAUCACCCUCGACAUCGUCAAGGCUACAUUCAUCUGUGCCCUCGUGAACACAGGACUGCACCUUAUCUCAUUCUGCCUUUCAAUCUUCUUGGCACUGGUAUUCCGCAAAAUUUCUCAUCUGCCACCUGAUAUGAACCCACUGGAGGACAAUCUGACCGCUCGUCCCCGGAGAAGCUUCCGCAAUUGUAUUGAUGUUGAUGAAAAGCAUAUGAGCUCAUCGACACUACACUCGAAUAUGGAAGAUCCUCUUAUUGGUCCUCCACGUACCAUGGCAUUUAUGCAUACCCGGAAGGAUUCCCUUGGUGGUGAAACUUUCCGUGGCUCGGUGGAUAUGGGUACAGAGAAACGUCAAUCUCAGAUAUCUGUGUCGCCGCACCGUUUUUCGUUGGAGCCUUCAAGCCCUGACAGAUUCUACCACAACCCUGUCGACGACGGGCCAUACAAUUUGGCUACUCCUAAUCCUGCACCGGAAUACCACAACGUGCCGGCACGCUCGCCCUAUAUUGUUGAUCCAAGCACACACACACGUCAACUCGCUUCUCGCACUGCUAACAGAUCUGAAACGGCAAGCCCUACUAUGUCUGACAACUGGGUUGCACACGACGAGCGCUACCCAUACCCCGUUAGUGAUACCCAAGGCCAAACUGAGCAAAACAACAGCCCUGCUCUCCGUCAGUCUAGCUCGGUGUACAGCCGACGAACCGAUAAAUCGGGGACAUCAGCAACCAGCGGCAUCCGAGACUGGUUCGCAUUCCCCCAAAGAAACCCACCUAGCAUCGGAAGUGCAAUUCCAGAAGACACACGUGGCGAGUAUGCGUCCGUGGCAGAACACGAGUACUACGGCAACACAGGCGGUGAUGAACAUGACAUUGGAGCCCAGCAGCGCUUCGACAUCUUCCCCGAUCCAGAGGAAUACGAUCACGAUAAUGAUGAUGAGACCUCUGGCAUCCCAUUCAACCCGCUCAUGCUGAACCCUCCUACCCCGCAACCUGUUCUCACUGAAAAGCAGCAAGAGGAUACGGACCCGGUGCGCCGCAACGCAUUAGGCGACAACCCGAAUCUUUCGCAAAACCUCAAAGCUCAAGUCUCUAUUCCGCACGAAUCUCUCGACUCCCCACCACCCAAGAGCCGCUUCUAUGGCGAGUUGGAAGAAGAAGGCAACACAUCUGGUUUAACCAUUGCACCGCGCAAUGUCAGCGCCCAGGAAGAUGUGGCACGCAAACCAUCCAAGCUCACCAAGAAGCGCAACAAGAAGUUGACAGCAUACCAGUCUCUGAAGAAGGAUGAUAGCGAUGACGAGGGAUAUCUGAGCGCCCGUGUUCCAUCAUCUCCUGCUAUGAACGAGGGAGAUCGCAAAGGACGAGUGGUCAGCAAUUCAGGCGCAGACACAGGUCACCCUGGUCUUGUUGGUGGAGUUGGAGCAUCCCUAUCGUCGUAUGGCAGCUACAUCGCCGGAUUGGGCGUUGGAAGGCGCCGCGAUGUUAGUGGUAAAGUUGCAGAAGAAGGACGAGGAGGAAAGAGUGUGGAAGUACGUCCCAGUCCUAGUCCCAACCCAAGCCCUAAUCCGAGUCCCGAUGGAAAGAUCCGGGCUGCUGGAUGGGCGCGGUUUGCGGGAUUAUGA